AUGUUGAACUCACACCCCACUUCAAUAUCUAUGUCCCCGAUUCUCAGCCAACCAGGAGCAUAUUACACGAUUGUGGUUAGUGGUCAGAGUUUCAAACUGUCAUGGUCUUCUCUGAACUCGGACGGUCCCAACUUUUUCACGAAUAUUUUUACGUCGGGAUUAGAAGAGUCAUUUAAUAAAACAAUGUAUAUUGAUCGAGACCCAGAAAUAUUUAAAGAUAUUGUAAGGCAUUUACAAGGAUAUUAUGUUAUGCCACGUGACGAGGUGCACUAUACGGACUUGUUUGUCGAUGCAAUAUUCUAUAAUCUCAAAAAACUUACAGCCCAAUUACAAUCAAAAUGUGUUGUGAAUGUCGGGGGAAAAGUGUUUCGUGUAGAACAAGAUGUUUUAAAACGAGAUUCACCAAAUUUUUUCACUACUAUAGGGUUUGGAUUUAGAUGGGAACCACCCUCCGAUUCACCACCAAUGCUAAAACCUCCAUCCAUUCCACCUCCGAUGCUCGACCGCGACCCGGACCUAUUUUCCGACAUUAUCCGAUACUUGCAAGGUUACGAAAUACGCAUCCGGGACGAAGUGCAUCGACAAAAUUUGCUAAAAGAUGGACGGUUUUAUCAUCUUCGAGGUCUAACAGAAAAAUUAUUGGAGUCAAGAGCGAUUGUGAAUGGAUUCGCUAAAGAUCAAAAUGGAAAAGAUGAAAUUCUGUUCCUAUUAAAAGAUAUUCGAACGUCAUGUGUUAUUUUGCCGGAGGGAAGUGAUCCCUCCGAUGUAAAUAAUACAAAUUCGAUACCGGUUUUAUAUAAGGGUAGAGCAAGAGAAGGUGCUAUUUAUGAUUUACUGAUGGAGAUUCACGACAUUAAUUUGUUUUGUCGGUACCAUGAUACCAAUGCAAAUAAGAAUACAACCAAUAACAACUCAAAUAUAAUAUAUGAAUCGACAACACCAAAGAAUUUCGGUCUAAAAUUACCAUCGCAAACAACAAUAGUAAAAUUCGAACUAAUAUUCGCUGAAAAAGAUUUCCAAAAACUAAAAGACAUCGCAAAAUCGAUCAAAAUCCCUCAGCAAGAAAUCACCACAACGAUCCGUUCACCAGAAUCAUGUGCAUUCGAAAUAGAUGGCGUGAAGUCUACGUCCGAGGCCCUAUCAAAUAUCGAACGUCUCGCCUAUCUACUUAAAUUAGACCCGGUGUCUGGCACAAAAUAUCUGAAACUUUACGUGACAAAGUGUAUGACGCGACUUUUCGUCAAGGGUGGAAAGAUGGAAAUCGAGUUGGUGAAGUGUGAGGCGUUUAGUUCCGAGAGAGGGUUUAAUUCAAAACGAGAUUUUCUGCCGUUUGAAACAAAGAUUGUAUCGGCGCGAUGA